AUGGCUGAAGAUGUCAUUAACGGCUUAGAGAAGAUGAAGUUGACGACGGAGGAAGAAGAAGUGAUAACGAUAUUGGAUGAAGACAGGAGGGACGAGAUUGAAAGUUGUUCUCUGAGUCUGCUAGGCAAGUUUCUCACAUGUAAAUCGUUUAACAAACGGGUUGCUCAGACUAGGUGGAUGCCCGGUAUGACUGCGGCAAAUGUCAAAUUCGAUUCGGUUGCUCUUUGGGUUCAGAUUUGGGGGGCGUCGUUCGACAUGUUCUCUCCUAAGGUUGCAUCUGAAAUUGGGAGUCGCUUGGGGGAGGUGGUGGAGGUUGAGAAGCGACAGAAACUAGAAGCACAGAACUUUUUCAUGAGAGUUAAGGUUGCAAUCCCAAUGUCCAAACCUCUUCGACGGGGUGGCUUUAUUGGUGGAUCGGAUGGGAAAAGGCUGGCUGAUUUGGGCUUUACUGGAUAUCCUUACACAUGGAAUAAUAAGAGGCCAGGACUGGAGAACACACAGGAAAGGUUGGAUAGGGUUGUGGCCAACACGGGUUGGAAGGAAAAAUUUCAUGCAAGCUCGAUGACCCAUCUUUUUUCUUAUGCAUCUGACCAUCAGCCUUUACUACUACAUGCCAAAUCUAAUCUAAGGCGCCGUGGCAAAAGUACAAGGAGCUUUAGGUUUGAAGAGGCUUGGUUAACGAGGGCUGAUUGUGAAGAGGUCAUAACUGACGCGUGGGGUUUAAUGGGUAGUUUGGAAUCGAGUUUGAGGUGCAUGAAGGAGAAAAUCAGCAGAUGUGGAUCAGCCCUUCAGGCUUGGGGUGCUUCUGAUACUACUCUGAAUGCAGAAGAAAUAAAAAAAGUACAAAAGAAGGUGGAGGAGUUAAGUGAGGCUGAACCGACAGUGGCAAACAAGUCUGAGUUUUUGUUUGCUUGUAAGAUACUGGAUGAUUUACUUCUCAAACAGGAAAUCUAUUGGGCCCAAUGGUCUAGGGUCGCUUGGCUGAAGCAUGGUGACAAGAAUACUAAAUUUUUUCACUCCAAAGCUUCUUAA